GGGCGCCGGGCUGCGGGCGGGGCGCACAGCGGUGCUCGGGGAAGAGCAGCGGGGACCGCGGAGCUGGAGCCCGGGCCAAAGUCGGAGCGGGGUCCGGGCCGGAGCGGGCUCCAGCGAUAUGGGGUCCGCAGACUCCAAGCUGAACUUCCGGAAGGCGGUGAUCCAGCUGACUACCAAGACGCAGCCUGUGGAAGCCACCGAUGAUGCCUUUUGGGACCAGUUCUGGGCAGACACAGCCACGACCGUGCAGGAUGUCUUCGCACUGGUGCCAGCAGCAGAGAUCCGGGCUGUGCGGGAGGAGUCACCCUCCAACCUGGCCACCUUGUGCUACAAGGCUGUGGAGAAGCUGGUGCAAGGAGCCGAGAGCGGCUGCCACUCAGAGAAGGAAAAGCAGGUUGUUCUGAACUGCAGCCGGCUGCUCACACGAGUGCUGCCCUACAUCUUCGAGGACCCUGACUGGAGGGGCUUCUUCUGGUCCACAGUGCCCGGGGCAGGGCGAGGAGGGGGUGAGGAGGAGGAUGAGAACGCCCGGCCCCUGGCUGAGUCCCUGCUCCUGGCCAUCUCGGACCUGCUCUUCUGCCCAGACUUCACAGUGCAGAGCCACCGGAGGAGUGCUGUGGACUCAGCAGAGGAUGUCCACUCCCUGGAUAGCUGUGAAUACAUCUGGGAGGCUGGCGUGGGCUUCGCUCACUCCCCCCAGCCUAACUACAUCCACGACAUGAACCGGAUGGAGCUGCUGAAACUGCUUCUGACGUGCUUCUCUGAGGCCAUGUACCUGCCCCCAGCUCCUGAAAGUGGCAGCUCCAACCCGUGGGUUCAGUUCUUUUGUUCCACGGAGAACAGACACGCACUGCCCCUCUUCACCUCCCUGCUCAACACCGUGUGUGCCUAUGACCCCGUGGGCUACGGGAUCCCCUACAACCACCUGCUCUUCUCUGACUACCGGGAACCGCUGGUGGAGGAGGCUGCCCAGGUCCUCAUUGUCACCCUGGACCACGACAGUGCCACCAGCACCAGCCCCACUGUGGAUGGCACCACGACAGGCACAGCCAUGGAUGAUGCUGAUCCUCCGGGGCCUGAGAACCUGUUUGUGAACUACCUGUCCCGCAUCCAUCGGGAGGAGGACUUCCAGUUCAUCCUCAAGGGCAUAGCCCGGCUGCUGUCCAACCCCCUGCUCCAGACCUACCUACCCAAUUCCACCAAGAAGAUCCAGUUCCACCAGGAGCUGCUGGUUCUCUUCUGGAAGCUCUGUGAUUUCAACAAGAAAUUCCUUUUCUUUGUACUGAAGAGCAGUGACGUGCUGGACAUCCUGGUCCCCAUCCUGUACUUCCUCAACGAUGCCCGGGCAGAUCAGUCUCGAGUGGGCCUGAUGCACAUUGGUGUCUUCAUCCUGCUGCUUCUGAGCGGGGAGCGGAACUUCGGGGUGCGGCUGAAUAAGCCCUACUCCGUGCGGGUGCCCAUGGACAUACCAGUCUUCACAGGCACCCACGCCGACCUGCUAAUUGUGGUGUUCCACAAGAUCAUCACCAGCGGCCACCAGCGGUUACAGCCUCUCUUUGACUGCCUGCUCACCAUUGUGGUCAACGUGUCACCCUACCUCAAGAGCCUGUCCAUGGUGACCGCCAACAAGCUGCUGCACCUGCUGGAGGCCUUCUCCACCACCUGGUUCCUCUUCUCAGCUGCCCAGAACCACCACCUGGUCUUCUUCCUCCUGGAGGUCUUCAACAACAUCAUCCAGUACCAGUUUGACGGUGAGGCAGGGACCAGGAUGGCCCAUGGACAUUGCCUAAGGGGCCAGCAGCCCAGGAACUGGCUUCGGAGGGUGCUCCCCAGUGGGCCUGCUGCCCCUACUCGACGUGCAGGCAACUCCAACCUGGUAUAUGCCAUCAUCCGCAAGCGCAGUGUCUUCCACCAGCUGGCCAAUCUGCCCACAGAUCCACCUGCCAUCCACAAGGCCCUACAGCGCCGCCGGCGGACACCAGAGCCCCUGUCCCGCACUGGCUCCCAGGAGGGCGGCUCCAUGGAGGGCUCCCGCCCUGCUGCCCCUGCGGAGCCAGGCACCCUCAAGACCAGCCUGGUGGCUACCCCAGGCAUUGACAAGCUGACGGAGAAGUCCCAGGUGUCUGAAGAUGGCACCUUGCGGUCCCUGGAACCUGAGCCCCAGCAGAGCUCGGCAGAAGGCAGCCCGGCUGAGGGGGAGCCUGACCAGGCAUGGAGGGAACAACGGCGGCUAUCCAGUGCAUCGGCCAGCGGUCAGUGGAUCCCAACAACGGAUUGGAUCCUCUCCUGGAAGUCGAAGCUGCCACUGCAGACCAUCAUGAGGCUGCUGCAGGUGCUGGUGCCCCAGGUGGAGAAGAUUUGCAUCGACAAGGGCCUGACAGAUGAGUCGGAGAUCCUGAGGUUUCUGCAGCACGGCACGCUGGUGGGGCUGCUGCCUGUGCCCCACCCCAUCCUCAUCCGAAAGUACCAGGCCAACUCUGGCACCGCCAUGUGGUUCCGCACCUACAUGUGGGGCGUCAUCUAUCUGAGGAAUGUGGACCCGCCCAUCUGGUACGACACUGAUGUCAAGCUCUUUGAGAUCCAGCGGGUGUGAGCAGGAAGCCAGCAGGGCCUGGGAUGGCUGGGGCCCUGCUCCCCGAUGCUCCAUGCCCCCUUGUUCUGAGCUUUACAUGAGUCCCACUGGGGUCUGGGCAGGCAGAGUGAUUGGGUCCUGGGUGGCAGGUCUCAGAAGCCCCUUGUGACUGGAGACCAUGGGGACCUGCUCUGACCCCCUCACCCCCAGGCUGGCCUCCUAGGGGGCUCUUCUCCAGGGGCAUAGGCCCUGCCAGAGCCCCCUUCCCACCCUGGCUCCCCUUUCAGGACCCAUUUCUGUGACACUGCCCUCCAUGCCCACCUGCUCCUGUGCUGCCCACCCCCAGAAGCCACAGGUCACUGGGUCCUAAAGAGUUUGUCCAAGAAGGAGCCAGGGGCUAUCCCGUGAGGUACCUAGGCAGGGUGGGGGAGCCCUCCAGGCCUCCUGGCCUAAACCUGCCUCUUCUACCCCCAAUGGGAGGUGGGAGGAAGGAGCGUGGUCUGGCUGCUCAGCUCUGGGAGAUACAAAUACAUGGUGGGGCCCAUGUAUUCUAGGGGUUGGAGUGGGCACAGGGCACCCUGCUAUACCCCCAGGACAGUGAAUAGAGCCUGGGUGAUGAGGGGCCCUGGGGGCAGCUGUUCCUGAUGAGGGGGAGCGUGUUGCCGCCCCUCCAUCUGCCCCAGCCCUGGGCUCUGGGUCUCCCUCACCCCACCUUUGUCAGUACAAUCUUUGCUCCGUACAAUCGGCCACUUACACAAUAAAGCUCCCUCUCUACA